AUGGCUGGAAAAUCCUUCUUUUCGAAGAAAAACAAUGUCCGAAAGAAAAUCGCCAUUCUCCUUCACAGCUCAGAACCAAACGUUUUCAUCACCACCCACCAACAUCCAGAAAACUCCGAAAACAAUUUUAAUCACCGCAGUAGCAACGCCUCAUUACCUAGCCCAGUAAUGUCUUCAUGUUCAUCACCAGUUCACUUCAUGUCUCCAAUCAAUCAGAUGCCAUCGCCCUACUCCAAAAUCUCCUUGGACACUUCCUCAUGGCAGAAAUGGCAAAGAUGGUAUCAUCUACAACACUGGCUUGAUUGGGUCUUUGAUACGUGA